GUUUGCUUUGAACUUGCUACUUGGCCAUGGUUCUAGCAAUUUUUGUUUCCUUUGUAUAAAAUUAUUUUUAGUGAGUACCUCUUACAAUCUCCUUUAUUUUUCAGAUAAUCUUAAGCUGUCUUUGUAAUCAAGUUUGAUCAUUUUUUUCGUCAAUGAUCUCAUUGCUCGGUGGAAACAAUUUAUGAACGAAGGCUGCCAUGCCUCACAUUUCAUGAUUUUUCUCAUCAAGCUCCACGGUCAAUCCCUCUCAAAUCAAAGCUAAAUUGGAGGUUCCAAGAUGAGAACUAGGACAAAUUCAGGUGUUCAUUUAGAUUACUACCAACGCAUAGUACACAAGAUCAUUUUAAAUCAUCAGAAUCCAGUCACUGGCUUAUUUCCUGCUAGCCCUGAAAAUGAUCAUGCUUGGAUAAGGGAUAAUGUUUACACCAUUCUGGCAGUGUGGGGCCUGUCAAUGGCUUACAAAAAAAUUGCAGAUGCUGAUGAAGAUAGAGCAAGAAUUUAUGAACUUGAGCAGAGCUGUGUCAAGUUGAUGCGUGGGCUUCUGAUGGCUAUGAUGCGUCAGAAGGACAAAAUUGAGAAAUUUAAAACCAGUCAGAAUCCUCUAGAUGCUUUACAUGCCAAAUACAGUUCCGUCACUGGCCUGUCUGUUGUUGCGGACUGGGAAUGGGGUCAUCUUCAAAUUGACGCCAUUUCCCUCUACCUUUUAAUCUUGGCUCAAAUGACAGCAUCUGGUCUUCAAAUUAUUUUCAAUUUGGAUGAGGUGGCUCUUAUACAAAAUUUAGUAUUUUACAUCGAAUCUGCAUACUGUACCCCGGACUACGGAAUAUGGGAAAGAGGUGACAAAUCAAACCAUGGUCUACCAGAACUGAAUGCCAGCUCAAUUGGAAUGGCCAAAGCAGCACUAGAAGCAAUGAAUGAGUUGGAUUUAUUUGGCGCAAGAGGAGGACCUUCGUCUACAAUUCAUAUCCUUGCUGAUGAGGCACAAAAGUGUCAAGCUGUUCUGCAGUCCAUGUUGCCUCGAGAAUCAAGCUCCAAAGAGCUGGACAGUGGCCUACUUGCUGUCAUUAGUUUUCCUGCUUUUGCCUGUGAUGAUCCCAAUUUAAUUGAUGUCUCCCUAAGUGCAAUUAUAACAAAGUUGGAAGGAAAGUAUGGCUGCAAAAGAUUCCUACGUGAUGGUUACAGGACACCGCGGGAGGACCCCAAUCGUUUACAUUAUGAUCCUCUCGAAUUACGAAUGUUCGAAAAUAUUGAAUGUGAAUGGCCUCUCUUCUUUUGUUACUUGAUCUUGAGUUAUAUUUUUCAAGGAAACAAAGACACAGCUUUGGAUUAUUUGGAAAAACUGGAACAGAUUUUGGUCAAAGAUGAAGCGAAUGGCAUCUAUCUAGUACCUGAAUUAUAUGCUGUCCCAGGAGACAAAGUUGAUGCAGAAUGUGAAAACCCUGGCUCUCAAAUGCGCAUAGGACUGGGAAGGUGUCCUUUCUUAUGGGCGCAGUCUUUGUUCAUCAUCGGGAAAUUACUUCUUGAUGGUUUUCUGGCAGUCGGAGAGUUGGAUCCAUUGAACAGAAGACUUUGUUCCGAAAAGAAACCUGAUGUUGUGGUCCAAGUGGUCAUUCUAGCAGAAGAUAAUGACAUCCGGGAUAAAUUAGCUGCGUAUGACAUAGCCGUUGAAACAAUAGCUGAAGUUGCCCCAAUUGAAGUCCAACCAGCACGCGUCCUUAGUCAUCUUUACACAUAUUUAGGUCGCAAUGAGAAACUGGGUCUAUCAGGGAGAAAGUCUCGUGACGUAGGUAUCUUAAGUACAAGUAAACUCUACUCACUGCAAGAUAGAAUUUUUGCGUUCACUCCGCAGACUCUAGAUUUUGAACAGUAUUACAUGGGGAAUGAUGUAGCUCUUCUUGCGAAUAAUGUCAUGAUGGAUCUGUCUUUUCUGACCAUGAACUGGAAACAAAUGCUCGGUAGACCAACAUAUACCAUCAUAGCUUCUAGCAAUUUCAUAGACGAAGGAAAAAUACCUUUAGCCAUGAUCACCACUAUGAAGAAAUUGAAAAGCGGUUACAUCAAUGGAACAAGGGUAACUCUGGGAAACCUAAAUGAUUUCUUAAGUACAUCAUGCAUCACAAAUUUAAGCUUCCUUGGAAGUCAAGAGGAUGGCAUGCCUGAUAGACUGAAUCUACAAGUGGAGCAGUAUUUAGAAGAGCAUCUUCUGAAAUGCAUGAGUAGCAAGUCAUCUCUUCUCAAUUGUCGCGCUGCCCAGAACUCAAAAUCUUUAAAACGUAGAAUGUCUGUGAAAGGCGCUAUCAAGAAAACCAGAUCAAUUAUAGCUGCAGAUUCUGAAGGCACAGAUGGUCGUAGGUCUUCAACACAACUGCCUCCCUCUCCUCAAGCACUAGGACCUCCCGAAGUAUUCCAUCCUUUGUUCCCUCCACGUAGUCCAUCACCAGAGGAUGUUGCUCCACUGUGGAAACAGCUCCGUUCUCCGAGAUUUUUUUCAAAACUUUUAUUAGAUCAGUCUGAAUCUCACGUUCCGUAUGAGAAUGGAUGUUAUAUUGAAAGUAGAAGCAGACACAGGUAUCCAUCUGAAACUCAGUAUGCUGACACUGAGGUAGAGGAACUUUUAUCAAUGCUGAAAGAAUGUGAAAAUUUAGAGGAGCAAGGGGAUAUUCUACAGUACUUGGUUGAUAAACAAGGUCUCAUGUUUGAUACAGGAAUGACAGAGAAUGGCAAAGCUGUCACUGUGAAGGAUUUAUUAAAGAGCCUGUAUGAAAAAGCAUGUCAGCAGAAGUUAUGGGGGCUCGUGAGACAUACCUCUGGUAUGCUCGGAAAAAGAGUCGAGGACUUGGCCAAAGCUGUCACAGAUCUUCUAGUCCGGCAAAAACAGGUAACAGUUGGAAUGCCGCCAAAUAAUGAACAUACUAUCACAGCACCACUCCCAGAAAAUGAGCUACGUCAACUAAUUCAUCAAGCAUAUGGUGAUGAUGAGAGUUCUGCCAUGCUGACACAGGAAUUAUUGGUGUAUCUGGCAAUGUUUAUCAGAACAGAACCGCUUUUAUUCCAAGAAAUGUUGCGACUUCGAGUUGGACUCAUCAUUCAGGUCAUGGCUGCAGAAUUAUCAAGAACCCUGAUUUGCUCAGGAGAGGAUGCCUCCGAACAUCUGCUUAACUUGUCACCUUUUGAGAUGAAAAAUUUAUUACACCAUAUUAUGAGUGGGAAAGAAUUUGCUAUCAGCAGUGUUGGGCGAGGCAACUUUUCUGUAAUAAGUGCCAAAUCCGGACGAAUGAGCAAGAAGAGUAAUUUUGGAGAUCUGCUGGAAAUAGAGGUAGAAGGAGAAGGAGAACGUCAAGGUCAGUGGUUGAGAAGGCGGAGACUGGAUGGAGCUCUGAACCGGGUUCCAAAGGACUUUUACAGCAGGGUCUGGAGUGUUCUUGAAAGGUGUCAAGGCUUGGCGAUUGAGGGUCGGUUGCUACCUCCUAACCUUACUCAGGAGAUGACAUCUGGAGAAUUGAAGUUUGCUCUAGCAGUAGAAUCAGUUUUGAAUUGUAUUCCACAACCAGAAUUCAGGCAGUUGAUUGUUGAGGCUCUAAUGGUACUUACCAUUGUGGCAGAACAUACGCAAGAUGCUCUCGGUGGGAUCAUCUCUGUCGAAAGUUUAGUCCACAAAGCCAAUCAGCUCUUUCUUGAUGAUCAGUUGAAAAUGAAUGGAGAUGCUACUCUGUGUUGUGCUAAAACACCUGGAAAGAGAGAAAUAACUCCCAGCGGGAUGUUACUCUGUGGUGGUGCAGCUCAUAUUUGUCAGCACUUUUACGAUAGUGCGCCAAGUGGGAGUUACGGUACCAUGACAUUCAUCAUGCGUGCUGUUGCCAUGCUUCUUGACUGCUUCAACCACGAUGAAGAAAUCGACUGCACAAUCUCUUAAUGUAAAUAUGAUCAUAUCAUGGAGUGGAGUUUUGCGUCAACUGAAAAACAUUAGUUUUUCCCGCUUGCUCCCAUUGAACAAUUUUUUUUGUGAUCGGACUCUGAUGUGAGAUAUUGAGUGACUUAUUAUCAGAUGCCUUAGAUUUUCAGAAGCAGGGUACAGAUAUUUUAUCAAUUUUUUUAUUCUGAGGUAAAUAUAUUUUUGAAGGUACAGAAAUUCUUAUUUUUUUUAGUUUUAGUGUAUUUCUGAUUAUUUUGUUCAAUCAUAUCGUGAUGUUUUGCCUUGAUGAUGUUAAAAAUAAAACAAGCAUCUGUAAGUAUUUAGUUUCCUCCCUCCUAAGGGUGGUUUCACAACUAUAGCUCAAACAAAUUAAUUUUUUUUACCUUAAGCAAUAAAACGUCGAGUGCCUGAAGUUUUCACUGAUAUUCACUGUGGUACAUAAAUAAAUAAAUUUAACCCUUCAUAAAUUUUAGUGUACUAUUGAUGCAUUUGAAUUUUCCAAAAUAUGGACUGUGGUCAAGCUUGUAAGUCUUACAGUUAGUCAGUUCAUCAUACCUUACAGGAGGUAAUUAAACAAAAGAAUGAAUUAGAUAGAUUGUCCCAUGCCUCAUCUCUUGCAAAACGACGUUCCUUUACAAUUUAAUGUUAUGCUUAUUAUUAGUCAAUAUUUUUCACACCAAGGAGCCAAAGAUUUUAAGCUAGUCGAUGUUGUAAAUCACCAAAAAGGCAUUAUUCUAUAAUAAAUAAUAUGUAUAUGUAAUUAAAGACCAAUUAAAAUGAAACUUAAAAUGAUCUGAAUUUGUCUGAGUUGUUCCCAUAUUGUUUACAAGUUAACUAGUUUUUAAUUUUCAAUAGUUUGUAUGAAAUUAUACUAGAGUUCUGUCUUUUAUUAGUAUGGAUGUAACAGUUUGUCAAUGAUAAUAUUGCACUCUUGUUCUGAUUUUAUGUUUAUCAAGUCACCCAUCAACAUCAAAACCAUGAAAACACUGUAACACAUUUCGCUGCCUGCAACUGGAACGAAAACAUAUUUGUCUCUUGGCGUAGUAAUCUUUUAAAUGAAAACAAAGGAAA